AUGAAUCCGGGGCGGUCUCGAUAUCGUUUGCGGGAGCGGAGGCCGCGGGGAUUGUGUCGCGAUGCUUCGAGCCCGGAAUCAGACAGCGAGAACAGCCUGUUGGACAGAAUCAGGCCCUCCUAUAUGAAGCCUUGGAUUGUGGAUCUUCUGUUGGAGUACAGUGGGUCAGAAGACAAGCUAGAAGCACAAUUUGGGCACGUCUUAAAGGUUUUGAAUGAGGCAAGCCCUCACCGUCAAGAUGGGCAGGACUCCACAGCUGUUGUGUACAUUGCGGAUGGGCGUCACUACAUCCACACGGUUGUUCCAGCUACGGCCAUUGAGACGGCAAAAGGCUUUUCUCCACAGUCUGGGUUUUCCAGUAUUCUUGGCCAGUUCAUUGUCCUCCAGAAUUUUAGGGUGUGCGUUAAAGAGGCAGCCAAAGCGGAGAACAGUGGAUUCUACUUCAAACUUGAUUGCUUCAGUGUCACAAACAUGAAUAGAUGUGCAACAAGGCAGCAGGACUGCAAUCGGGAGCCAUCAGUGCUGCAAAAGAUAAAGGAGCUGUGGCUGAGAGGCCUUGCUCUGCAGCCUUUGCCUAGCUCAGAGCCAUCAUCUGUUUCUGAAGUACUGGGAGAAAUUAAGCAGGAUAAGCUCAGCACCUUAAAACAAAAUGUUGAGGAUUGCUUCAGUCCAUUGGACCCCAGCAAUCGGUUGAAUUCUGAGGAACUAGCUGUAUAUCCUGACACCAAAUGGCAGGCGGAACGCAAGCAAGACAAGAUGCAUUGCCGGGACAUCUUUACAGUCCCUGCCAAGCUCUUGGUGAUUGGUGCAGAAGAGGAGGCAGCACUUUCCAGGUCCUACCCACCAAAGUCUACUCAUGUUGCUUCUGAUAGUGAAAGCAGUUCAGAGGAGGAUCACAGCACUGUAUCAUUUGUCAGUGCAGAAGCUGAGACUGUUGAUGGCUCCUUGGAAAACCCUUGGGACGUAUUUCCAGGGAUGACUUUGACCUUCUCCAAGGGAAUGUCAGACACGCAGUCCAGCCUUCCCAAUGCACAACAGAUGCUCCUGGGUAGUACUGCCGAGGUAGAGGAGGCCGCAGGCUCCAGCAGCUGCACUCCGGAUGGCCUGCAGUCUUGUGAUCCUGAGCCGCACUGUAGUUCUGCUCAGGUUAAGCCAGCGAAGGUCACCUCCCCGUCGCUGCUUCCUCCUCACAAAGGUGCCAAUCAGGAAUCUAGAUCCAAAGCUCGGAACAGUGCUCGUAAUACCAGCAUAACACCAGAUACUGAUGAGAGCAUUCCCCUUGGCCAGCCACUGAACAACUCACAUUCCCAUGCCAGUGUGCAUGGCCUUUCUCCUGAGUGCCCCACCAUUAGGAAUACCUUCCUUCCUAAGACUUCGUCUGGAGCUACGGAAGAAAAUCGUCCAGUGCAUUUACAAAGGGAGACGGUGGUGUUGAGAGGAGCUGGAGGAAAAUACCCAGAGCCCUGCAGGAAAUGUGGGGCAGCUAAAAGAAAACAGCUGGUGCCAGAUGAGGAGUCUAUUGAAACUUCCUCCAGGUUGCUUCGCAGCAGCUGCAAAGCCCAAGACUUGACUCCUGCUACAGUCUUUCCAAAACCCAGUAGCUUAGAUAGGAAGCGAGUGGCUCAAAGGCAGCCUUUGAAAGUUGUUACGGAGCGCACGCCCAAGAAAAGCCGGAUCGAUGAAACCCAUGUCCAGCCGCGUCAGGCAUCUGCUGGGUCCACAUGUGCCAGGAGGCAGCUAGAAAAGCUGAAGGAGCAGACAGCCACUACGAGAAGACUAGCUGGUUCCCGUGGGGGCCAGCCCAGAGCUCAACAGCAGGAGCGUGUGAGAAGAGCCAUUUCUCAUCAUGUGUAUCAGCCAGCAACAGCUGAGCUCUGCUCCCAAGUACAUUCUACAAGGAUCUCGAGAGCACUACUCGGAUGGGCACGUUGGGUUUUCAGGAACAGGCAGAAGCUGUAGUCUUGAAUCAAGCUUCUUGGGCUGCUAGGGCUAGACGAAU